CCAGCAGUAGCGCAAACCCUACGCACAACUUUUUCUCUUUUUCCACCAGCUCGCAACUUUUAACGAGAUUUUUCAUUCUUCACACCUUUCAACUUUGGUCGCAGUCUUUUCACCCAACAACGACCACACGACAAAUUAAUCACCAUGCCUCCUAAGUCCGGUAAGAAGGCCGCCCCGGCCCCCUUCGCCUCCAAGGCGGGUUCCAAGAAGGCUCCCAAGAACCCCCUCAUCGAGAAGCGACCCCGCAACUUCGGUAUCGGCCAGGACAUCCAGCCCAAGCGCAACCUUUCGCGCAUGGUGAAGUGGCCCGAGUAUGUCCGUCUUCAACGCCAAAAGAAGAUCAUCAACCUGCGCCUGAAGGUCCCCCCUGCGAUCUCUCAGUUCCAACACGUUCUCGACCGCAACACUGCCGCCCAGGCUUUCAAGCUCCUUAACAAGUACCGACCCGAGUCUAAGGCCGAGAAGAAGGAGCGAUUGGUCAAGGAGGCUACCGCCAUCAAGGAGGGCAAGAAGAAGGAGGAUGUCAGCAAGAAGCCCUACGCUGUCAAGUACGGUCUCAACCAUGUUGUUGGCCUCAUUGAGAAUAAGAAGGCUUCUCUCGUCCUUAUCCCCAACGACGUUGACCCUAUCGAGCUCGUCAUCUUCCUACCUGCUCUUUGCCGAAAGAUGGGUGUCCCGUACGCCAUCAUCAAGGGCAAGGCCCGUCUUGGAACCGUUGUCCACAAGAAGACCGCCGCUGUUCUCGCCAUCACCGAGGUCCGAUCCGAGGACAAGAACGAGCUCUCCAAGCUCGUCAGCGCCAUCAAGGAUGGUUACCUAGCCAACUCCGAGAACGCUCGACGACAAUGGGGUGGUGGUAUCAUGGGUGCUAAGGCCAACAAGCGCAUCGAGAAGAAGAAGAAGGCUCUUGAGCAGGCCAUCAAGGUCUAAAGCUGAGCUAGCUAAAUAAAGCAUUGCGGUUGGUCGGUCACGGGUCAUGAAUUUCUCUAUAUUUGCACAGUUCCGGCGUUGGAGGAGGUAAAAGGGAAUACCAACCAUAUGGAUUUGCACGCAGCCUACUCGCUCUGCAGAAUUUCACCAACGACCAAUGUGACAAUGAAUGAAUUAAUUGGCCAAGAUAAAUUUGUGAAAUGUGUUUAUGUUUACUAUGUUGAUAUGCUCCAGUAUUAGAGCCAAGUCUUGGCAACGGUUUUUUGGUCGUCAGCGUUGAGGCGUUGAAUUUCUUGGUAUUUUCCAUUAAUAAGUUGGAAUUAUCUGGUCCUCCGUAGAUCUCAGCACGUGGACCCCCUAGUAUACGUAUUUACGAGCGGACACGUUAAAAGCGUACCGGAACCUUAAAGAUUACCGAAUUAGGAUGGUCAAGCCGAGCCGAGAGCCAAGCCAAGAGCCAAGGGAAGC